AGCUUAUCCUUUGAGUGGGCGGCCACUUCCACUGCUGUCCAUUUCCCACACCCCUAGGGCAGGAAUGACAGGGAGGUCCGCCAGCAAAAGAGGGAAGGCAAAGUCAGGGCCUAAAGGAGGGCCAGAGGGUGGGAACUGGUGAUCUUGGAGAAAUUUCCUUUGGUCUUGUUGGCCAGAAUGGAUCACACAUCUGAGAGAGGGCCACAUGUGCUUUAUGUAACUUUCGCCUGCCACCCCCAGUUCUGCCACCCCUGCGGGAUGAGGUUCCAGAUAGGAGCAGUGGGUGUUCAGGUUUUGGGGGGUGGGGCUGUGCUGGAUGCUUAAUAGAAAUCGUCUCAUUUCAUCAUCAUAGCUGUCCUGUGAGAUAGGGAAUCAUUAGCUCCAUUGUACAUAUGGUAAACUGAGGCCCGGAAAAGGGAAAUCACAUGCCCAAAAACAUGCAGCUGGCAAAUGCUGAGGCUGGGUUGCUGUCUCCUCCAGGAGCUGGCUCUUUCUGCCACUCUGGAGGCAGACUUAGUUGGAACCUGGUAAGAUGUGCUAAGGGUCCCUAGUAAGGUGUGCAAGGCAGAGAGGAUUCAUCUGGGGAACUGGGGAGACGGCAGACCUGACCUGGGUGUCCUUGCAGCCCAGCUGGAACCACUGUUAAGAGUUCUUACUGUUCCAGAGGCCUGGUCCUCAGCACACUAGUGCCUUCCAGGAGUCCCUCUCACUUCUGACCAGUGCUUCCAGCCAGCUGCCCCCAUUCUCCCAAGAAUGGAUGCUUCCUCCACACCCCUAAUGCCUUUGGGCCUUUGGUCUUCCCAAGACUUAGGGAGGGAAUGUUGGAGGGAACUGCUGGGAGUGGGGAUUGAGAAACAUUUUUGGGGGGAGCCUCGGAGCGGGGAGAGAUACUACUUCUGGGAGGCAGGACUUCCAGGUAACCUAAAGUCAAUGUAGGCUCCCCAGGAACUAGACCUCCCAUGGGAGAGAUACUGAAAUGUGUGGAGGCCUUGUACAAAGGGGUUGUAGCAGCAUGGGGUCUGUGUCCUGGAGGAGGAAGGGGGAGAGGAUCAACAGGGAUGAGCCAGACACAGAGAUGGAGCCGAAUUGUGAUUUGCUGCUUUGGAGCUGGGGUGCUAGUGGAGUCCUAGGUGCAGAGGGGGUCAGAGAAAGAAUAAUGUUCCUAGGGAUCUGUACAUAUAGCCUGACAGAGGAGGCUCAGUGCAGAGGAUUCAGGAGGCAUUCUCCCCAUGCGCAUGGCAAUAAUAACAAAAGUAGUCAUGAUCCGUAACCACUGUUUGUGUGCUUUAAAUUCUUUCUGUAUGUCCUCUUAUUUUAUCCUUACAGCAGCUCUGUGGGGUAGGCAUUGUUUCCCCCUUUUUAAUGAGAUAGAAUCAAAUCUCAAAGAGGUGAAGUCAUUUAUACUUAAUCAUGUGUCUAGCCGGCCUUUUGAGUCAGAGUCUGAACCUAGGCUUGCCUGAUGAACCUGAGCCUCAGCUGUAUGGUGAGGCAGGCAAGAGCGCCCGAUGAUGUUUAACAGGUGAGGAAUUGAGGCCCAGGGGCACCUGUAAGCUGGCUCUUAGUCACCUCUGAUGUGACUGAUGACUGAGCAUGGGCCCCUCGGCAGUCUGCACCCUGUUCCCUAGGCUCAGACUCCCCUCUGUAUGGUGGGCAUGGAAGUGGGCACUGAACAGGUGCUCCAAGAGGCCUUCCAGCUCUGAAGCUAGGUGGAGCCUGCUAUACUCCGGAGGAGGAACCCCUGGAGAUCCAGAGGGGCUGGUGCUUAGGUGGAGAGGGGUCUGUAGCAUUGUUCUGCCAGGGCAAACCUAUUUCAGGGUAGAAACCUGAAGACUGUCAGGGCAGGGGGUGUUUGGUAGAACACAUCUGGAGCAAGUGGGCCCUUCCAUGAGUGAAGUCUAGAAAGGUUUCUGGGAGGGAUGAAAUUUCCAGACACAUCUGGGUGGGCACUCAGCAGGACUCAGCAGAGGUUGAGUGAAUGCAGAUGUGUGUGGCACGGGCCUGCCAGAACAGGACCUGGGAUCCGCCCUCCAACUUGGUCUUAUGUUGUCUCAUGCCUUCCCGUCCUCUCUCUACUCUCCUUCAACUCCUGCCUUCUGGCCAGACUUCUUCUGAGCUAAGUGCAGCCGUCACCUUUUCUCAAGGUUCCGUGUUUCUGAUGGGGCAGGGGCAGCCUUCCAUCACGGAGAGCCCAGCUGUCAGCUGCCUCACGGGAAGAUGCUGUGUGGACCGGGCAGCACGGGUGUGAGUGUGGCCCCCGCCCUGGGAGUGCUGUGGUUCUGCCUCACAGGGGCCGCAGUGGAAGUCCAGGUUCCGGAAGAGCCCGUGGUGGCCCUCGUGGGCACCGACACCACCCUGCGCUGUUCCUUCUCGACCGAGCCCGACUUCAGCCUGGCACAGCUCAACCUCAUCUGGCAGCUGACAGACACCAAACAGCUGGUGCACAGCUUCGCCGAGGGCCGCGACCAGGGCAGCGCCUAUGCCAACCGCACGGCGCUCUUCCCAGACCUGCUGGCUCAGGGCAACGCGUCCCUGAGGCUACAGCGCGUGCGCGUGGCUGAUGAGGGCAGCUUCACCUGCUUCGUGAGCAUCCGGGACUUCGGCAGCGCCGCGGUCAGCCUGCAGGUGGCAGCUCCCUACUCAAAACCCAGCAUGACCCUGGAGCCCAACAAGGACCUGAGGCCGGGGGACACGGUGACCAUCACGUGCUCCAGCUACCGGGGCUACCCCGAGGCCGAAGUGUUGUGGCAGGAUGGGCAGGGUGCGCCCUUGACCAGCAACGUGACCACGUCGCAGAUGGCCAACGAACAGGGCUUGUUCGACGUGCACAGCGUCCUGAGAGUGGUGCUGGGUGCUAAUGGUACCUACAGCUGCCUGGUUCGCAACCCCGUGCUGCAGCAGGACGCUCACGGCUCGGUCACCAUCACAGGGCAGCCCAUGACCUUCCCCCCCGAGGCCCUGUGGGUGACCGUGGGGCUCUCCAUCUGCCUCGUCGUACUGCUGGUGGCCCUGGCCUUCGUGUGCUGGAGAAAGAUCAAACAGAGCUGCGAGGAGGAGAAUGCAGGAGCUGAGGACCACGAUGGGGAUGGAGAAGGAUCCAAGACGGCCCUGCGGCCCCUGAAACACUCUGAAAACAAAGAAGAUGAUGGACCAGAAAUAGUCUGACAGCGAGGCUCAGGGAGCUGCUGCCCCUGCCCUGGGGCUCCCGCCUCUGGCUGCACUGGAGCCUCAGUGCGAGCUCUGGGCUGGGGGCUUCCCUGCCUCCAACAGAUGGCGUCCACUCUGGCGGAUCUACUCAUUCUGCAAAGGACACGAUACACAGACCACCCUGCAGCCUUAUUUCUCUGAUGGACACGAUCCCCAAGUCAUCCUGCUGCCUUAUUUCUCCAGUGACACGAUACCUAAAUCAUCUUGCUGCUUUAUUCCUUACGGACGCAAUGCACAGACCUCCCCGCCACCGUAUUUCCCCAAAGGAUAUGCUACACGGACCAUCUGGCUGCCAUUUUUCUCCAAAGAUGUGGUACACAGUCUCUCAGUCGCCUUGUCUCCGAUGGUCCAGAUACACUAGUUAUCACUUCUCAGCCUUCUUCCCCAUCCGCCCGUAACUGUCUCCUCAGCGGAGGCCACUGCAGCCUUAGGAUUUCCUCCAGACUAGAGGCGUCGCCUCCUGCUCUGCCCCUGAAGUCAGCCUCUUCCCUCCUCCACUAAGUGAACACAGGGCCCCUCCCCCAGGCAUGCAGACGCCCAGGUGCACGUGCUGGAACACGUGAGGCCCUCCCCCGGCCCCUCCUCUUCCGGGGCGCCCGGGGCUGUGCCCUGUGAGCCCCGCCCUCCCCACGGGAAGUAAGUGCUGGUCACACUGAGUCUCUGGGCGGCUGCGCGGGCCUCCUUGGGAUCUGCUGCUGUCCCUCUGCUUUUCCUUUCAUUGAUCCAUUUAAGUAACGUUCACUGAGCAUCUCUGGGCGUCAGCACUGUGUUAGGUACUGGGGUCCCUGCGCGAGAAGACAAGCCCCUCCCUAAGGAGCGCGCCCUUCAGCCAAGAAACCCUUGAGGCAAGAGGGACUCGUGAGGGGCUCCUGCCUUGCUUCCUGCUGAACCUCUCUUCUGGACCACAGUUCCCUGGAUACCUCACUCCCAUCCCACCCCGCAUCCUUGCCCAGAAACCUGGAAAGAGAGACAGAGCCUCUCGCCCCCACUGGAGCAUCUGAUGGUUUCCAAAGUGUCUUUCCAGGCAUGCACAGCAGGGACAGGCAGCCCAGACCCGACAGACCCGGGGGAGCUAGGAGCUGCAGCGCAGAGGAAGCCUGAGGGCAGGGACCGUCCCACCCCCACCAUGGUGCUAUUCCGGAGCUGGGCAGACAGUUUCUAGCUUGUCUCUGGCCAGUCCCCAACCUCCAGUGGAGUAAACUUCUGAGGACCUGAUGUUCUCCUGUUGACAUCCCUCCCUUCCCCAGGAAUGAAAGAUGUGGGGGUUUCUAAUUUAAAUGUGGGACUCUGAGAAAUUUUGUUAACUGGGGGUGCAUUUUGGGAAAAAUAAAUGCCUUUGUAGAAA